GCGCUGUGCUGUCCUUUCCAAUCCCCCGCCCCCCCCCCCGUGUCAUCGCCGUCGACGGAGACGAGGGUUUAGGCACCUCCUCCCCGCGCCGGCGUCUCCCCCCCGCUGGAGCCUCUCUUCCCUCGCGCAGCAGGCUCAACCCGCAGCGCUCGGGCGAUCCAUGGAGCCUGCGGAGGCCACGUGGAAGAGGGCCCGCCCGUGCAGCUGCCGCGGCGGCGGCGGGGGCUCUGACCGACUGAGCGCCCUGCCGGACUGCCUCCUACACGUCAUCAUGUCCUCCCUCAAGGCCCGGCAGGCGGUGCAGACGUGUGUGCUGUCCAGGCGAUGGAGGGACCUCUGGCGCUCGGUGCCAUGCCUCGACGUCGACAUCAACGAGUUCAGGGCCAACACGGCGGCGCCUGAUCUCAACCAGGACGCCGGCUCGGGUGGCGACGGCAUCCCUCGCUCCAGUGACGACGCCGGCUCGGGUGGCGACAGCAUCCCUGGCUCCAGUGACGACAGCACUAGCUCUGACUACAGCAGCUCUAGCUCGGAGAGCGACGACAUCUCUGACUCGGAUAGCAACAACAGCUAUGACUCGUUCAUGAUGCAGUUGAUGCCCUCGCCCUACUACUCCUCAGAUGUCGACAACAGCAAGGAUUGGGAGAAAUUCGAGGAUUUCACCGCGACCCUGAUGAAUCGUUGUAACAUUGCACAGCUGGAUUCCUUUAGGCUGCAGAUUGGCUGGCACCGGGCACCUGAUCAGUUUUAUCGUACGCAAGCAGGAGGAUGGCUCCGCCGCGCAAUGAAAUACUGCAACCCGGAACCUUCCAGUCCACGCAAGGGAUUGAGCCCCAGUCCGUGGCGCCUCAAAAGGCUGCAUCUCUGCCAUUCGCGUUUGGAAGAUCGUUUCAUGAAGCAUGUUAGUUCAGUGUGCCGCAGUUUGGAGGAUUUGGAGCUGCACGAUUGCAAUUGUCAAAGUCGGUCAGUCACCUCCGACUCGCUGAAGACCCUGGUUCUGAAAAAUUGCACUUGGCUCAACCUUUCUGAGAUUGCAUUGCCCACACUGAAGACAUUGGUUAUUGAUGGUAGCCACAACAUUUCUCGCAGUGUGCUGGUUAUCUUGACCCCUGCUCUGGCUUCUCUGCACCUGGCUGUGAGAAUUGACCAAUUUUAUGGUGGUAUUUCAACAAAUCAGAUGCCAUCCCUUGUCAAGGCUUCAAUUCAUCUACGAGGUCACAGAUAUCGUACUGUAUCCAAACAUAGUAAACUUGGUGGCGAUCAAUUCAAGCUUCUUUGUAGUAUCUCUAACGUGACAAGUUUAGAGUUGACUGGUGUUGGCAAGACGGUGCUCGGUGAGAAACCAACAUUCCAAGAAUUCAUGAACCUGAGAAACCUAUUGCUGGAUGAUUGUGAUCUCAAGAACAACUUCCGCACAUUAGGAUUCUUUCUUCAGAGUUCACCUAAUCUGGAGAAGCUCACUCUGCGGCACUGCAAGUUCCCAAAUUACCCAAAGAAAAAGAAAGGAGAGCCCAAACUCAAUAAGACCUCAUCUUCUGAGUUCCGUGGCCUGGAUUUCAUGUGUGCGAACCUCAAGGUUGAAAUCAUAUGUUCCAAUGGCGAUGCCCACGAACUCGUCAAGGUUUUGCUGGACGCUUCAAGGAACCUGUCGAAGAAGAACAUUAAAUUCACCAAAGUUAAUUAGGUUAUUGUUGGUCCAGCGAUCCAAGCAUUCUAUGUGGUUCAUGUGGAUUAUGCAGGCAUAUUAUAAGCUCCCUUAAGAUUCCUCAAAUCGCAGACAUAUACUUUCAAAUCAUUUCUAGGUGAUGCAGGCCUUUGCUCUACUGACCACAUAUAUAUGCUAUUGGUUUUUACUCUGUUUCUUUGCUUUUAAGGAUAUUAUUGCCUCUGGACAUGUUUGCUAUCUGUGUUCCUUUUCUCCCCCAUACCGGAAAUGUCUCCAAUUAGAAAACACUGGCAAGUGUAAAAAUGAAUUUGAAAAUAGAUCCAGAUAUCGCAAGUUUUUUU